AUUGUAGGGAAAAGAAAAGAGCGCGAAUAUUUGUAUUGGAACUGUCACUUUUGUAUAAAAUGGCGGUAGUUUGCUGUUGUGACAUCAUAGUAACAUCGAAAUUCAUUCGUCCAACAUUGAAAAUGUACACAACAAGGAUAUAUUUACUAGCCGUGGUGGCGCUAGCGUCGGCUGAUCAGAUGCAGUGGGUACCGUACGGCAACUUUCAAGCUUACAACCUACAUGAAGAUCAGCAGGUACAGCCCAGUGAAUUCUCAGGAGGAUACAACUUUGGUGAUGAAGGCAGUUCUUUAAGUGAUCAUGGCAGUACAGGCCAUGAUUUCGGUGGUCAAAGUUUCGGCGGCCAUGAUUUUGGUGGUCAUGAUCUAAAAUCCCAUUCAUAUCCAGUACAUCAGCAUGUAGAAGAAGAGAAUCCUGAACCGGUGAAGCAUUACAAAGAGAUAGUUGUACCGGUUCAUAAAAAUGUAGAGUUUAAAAUCAACCAGCCCGUCUUGAUACCUGUACCUCAUCCGGUUCCUAUACAAGUGCCGGUUCCUAAAGCAGUUGUUAUACCUAUUAUCAAAGAAGUAUCCAUUCCUGUUGAAAAGUCAGUACCUUAUCCAGUGGAGAAGACGGUACAUGUUCCGAAGUUCAAGGAUGUUCCGUUUGAAGUUGUGAAACAUAUCAUUGUUCCAGUAGAAAAGCCAAUACCAUUUAAAGUCCCUGUUUAUGAAACAAUUAUUCAUACGAAGAAAGGAUCCCAUAAGAUUUAA